UCAGAAAUACGCAAUUGGGGGAUCAGGAUAUAAGGCCGACGGUGGCUCGCUGCGGCUUAGUUCAGUGAGCAUCGAAGCAGCAGAUAUCUCGAGAAUUCGUCGCAUUGUUCAUCAGUCUUGCCCGAGCAACGAUAUCUCUUGCAGCAAGAAGCUUUCACCACAAAAGAGCACCAUGCAGAUUUUUGUGAAGACAUUGACGGGGAAAACUAUAACCCUUGAAGUUGAGGCAUCCGACACUAUUGAAAACGUGAAGGCUAAGAUUCAGGAUAAAGAAGGGAUCCCACCCGACCAGCAGCGUCUCAUCUUUGCUGGAAAGCAACUCGAGGACGGACGUACUUUGUCCGACUAUAACAUCCAAAAGGAAUCCACCCUUCACCUGGUGCUUCGACUUCGUGGCGGCAUGCAGAUCUUUGUGAAGACUUUGACAGGAAAGACCAUCACGUUGGAGGUCGAGGCCUCUGACACCAUUGAGAAUGUCAAAGCCAAGAUUCAGGACAAGGAAGGAAUCCCACCGGAUCAGCAGAGAUUGAUCUUUGCUGGUAAACAACUCGAAGAUGGUCGCACCCUCUCCGACUACAAUAUUCAAAAGGAAUCAACUCUGCACUUGGUUCUUCGUUUACGCGGUGGUAUGCAGAUUUUUGUCAAAACCUUGACAGGAAAAACGAUCACUUUGGAGGUGGAGGCAUCAGACACGAUUGAAAAUGUCAAAGCAAAAAUUCAAGACAAGGAAGGCAUUCCACCUGAUCAACAAAGACUGAUCUUCGCGGGGAAGCAGCUGGAAGACGGACGCACUCUGUCCGACUACAACAUUCAAAAAGAGUCCACUCUCCAUUUGGUGCUUCGACUUCGUGGCGGUAUGCAAAUAUUCGUCAAGACUUUGACAGGGAAGACCAUCACAUUGGAGGUCGAGGCCUCUGACACCAUUGAGAAUGUCAAGGCCAAAAUUCAAGAUAAGGAAGGCAUCCCUCCGGAUCAGCAGAGAUUGAUCUUUGCUGGUAAACAACUAGAAGAUGGUCGCACCCUCUCCGACUACAAUAUUCAGAAAGAAUCUACUCUCCAUCUGGUACUUCGACUUCGAGGCGGCAUGCAAAUCUUCGUCAAGACUUUGACAGGGAAGACCAUUACAUUGGAAGUCGAGGCCUCCGACACCAUCGAGAACGUCAAAGCAAAAAUUCAAGAUAAGGAAGGCAUCCCUCCGGAUCAGCAGAGAUUGAUCUUUGCUGGUAAACAACUAGAAGAUGGUCGCACCCUCUCCGACUACAAUAUUCAGAAAGAAUCUACUCUCCAUCUGGUACUUCGACUUCGAGGCGGCAUGCAAAUCUUCGUCAAGACUUUGACAGGGAAGACCAUUACAUUGGAAGUCGAGGCCUCCGACACCAUCGAGAACGUCAAAGCAAAAAUUCAAGAUAAGGAAGGCAUCCCUCCGGAUCAGCAGAGAUUGAUCUUUGCUGGUAAACAACUAGAAGACGGCCGUACCCUUUCCGAUUACAAUAUUCAGAAAGAAUCUACUCUCCAUCUGGUACUUCGACUUCGAGGCGGCAUGCAAAUCUUCGUCAAGACUUUGACAGGGAAGACCAUCACAUUGGAGGUCGAGGCCUCUGACACCAUUGAGAAUGUCAAGGCCAAAAUUCAAGAUAAGGAAGGCAUCCCUCCGGAUCAGCAGAGAUUGAUCUUUGCUGGUAAACAACUAGAAGACGGCCGUACUCUCUCCGACUACAAUAUUCAGAAAGAAUCUACUCUCCAUCUGGUACUUCGACUUCGAGGCGGCAUGCAGAUCUUCGUCAAGACUUUGACAGGGAAGACCAUUACAUUGGAGGUCGAGGCCUCCGACACCAUCGAGAACGUAAAGGCGAAAAUUCAAGACAAAGAAGGGAUUCCUCCUGAUCAACAGAGACUGAUAUUUGCCGGCAAGCAGCUCGAGGACGGACGCACUUUGUCCGACUACAACAUUCAAAAGGAAUCCACUCUCCACCUGGUACUCAGACUUCGAGGUGGUAUGCAGAUCUUCGUUAAAACUUUAACAGGAAAGACCAUCACACUGGAAGUCGAGGCUUCUGACACCAUCGAGAACGUAAAGGCUAAAAUCCAAGACAAAGAAGGUAUUCCUCCUGACCAACAAAGGUUAAUCUUCGCGGGCAAACAACUCGAAGAUGGACGCACCUUGUCCGAUUAUAACAUUCAGAAAGAAUCUACGCUUCACCUUGUACUUCGUCUUAGAGGUGGCGAUAUGUAAUUAUUCAGAUGUGUUCUUUCUCAUUAUUAGUCAUUUAAAUUGUUUUUGUACUUUUUGUUUGAUAUAUAAGAGAAUUAGUUUUAUUUAGCAGAAAGAUUGGAAGAAUAAAUAAUUUAUUUAACGAUGUUA